AUGACUUCAUUGGAGUUAAAAUUAGUACUUAAAUGGGAAUGUGAUGAUUUCGACGACAUAUCUACCUAUCUAGAUCUAGCAGGACCCGAAGAGAUGCUUCCGAUAAAUCAGAAACAGAGGCAGAAGUCUCUCUCUCAGACACAAACACAUGAAAAUGUGGUGAAAGAAGCUAAAUAUACAAGACUUUGCGGCACAAAAAGCAUAUUGACAGUGAAUGGAGAAUUUCCAGGGCCUAUAAUUACUGCUUCCAAGGGUGAUACAGUUUACGUCGAUGUGUAUAACAGAGGCAGGCACAACAUCACUUUACACUGGCACGGGGUGAAGCAGCCAAGGAAUCCAUGGUCAGAUGGUCCUGAAUACAUCACACAAUGUCCUAUACAACCAGAGGGGAGGUUCAGGCAAAAGGUGGUUUUCUCUACAGAGGAAGGAACCUUAUGGUGGCAUGCUCACAGUGGUUGGUCCAGAGCCACUGUCCAUGGAGCUAUCAUAGUCUAUCCCAACAAGAACUGUGCCUACCCUUUUCCCAGACCUGACGCAGACAUACCCAUCAUAUUUGGAGAAUGGUGGAAGGAGGAUGUGAUGAAGGUGUAUACUGAGUUCCUGGACUCUGGAGGAACUCCAAGUAAUUCUGAUGCAAUCACUAUAAACGGCCAGCCAGGUGAUCUUUAUCCUUGCUCAAACUCAGAAACAUUCAAGUUCGUUGUACAAGAAGGGAAGACUUACCUUCUUCGUAUGGUUAAUGCUGCAAUGAACUUGAUUCUGUUUGUGUCUGUUUCAAAUCACAAGCUCACGCUCGUGGGAGCAGAUGGAAGCUACACGAAGCCAUUGACUAGAGAUUGCAUCGCAAUAGCUCCAGGCCAAACGAUGGAUGCUUUGUUAUAUGCCAACCAGGAGCCAAAUCAGUAUUAUUUAGCAGCAAAGGCAUAUUCAAAUGGGAUUGGAGUUGCAUUCGAUAACACCACAACCACAGCUAUUGUUCAGUACAAAGAGAAAUAUAACGCAUCUUCAUCUCUCUCAUUACCCCAUAUCCCCUCCUAUAAUGACACGCAGGCAGCUUUUAACUUCUAUAGUAACAUUAGAGGGUUGCCUCAGAAAUUUCCCCUCAAAGUUCCACUGAAAAUUUCUACUCGCAUGAUGAUCACUCUCUCCAUAAACACAUUUCCAUGUCUGUCCGGCCAGUCCUGCGAGGGACCCAAUGGAACCCGUUUGGCUUCAAGCAUGAACAACAUAAGUUUUGAAAACCCAAACAUCGCUAUACUGGAAGCUUACUACUACCACAUCAAUGGAGUGUUUGGCAGGCGAUUUCCCAUGUUUCCGCCAUUGAUUUUUAACUUCACUGCUGAUUAUUUGCCUUUAGUUCUGCAGACACCUAAGCGGGGGACAGAGGUUAAGAUUCUCGAGUAUGGUGAAAUAGUAGAACUUGUUUUCCAAGGGACAAACUUAGUUGCAGGAUUUGACCAUCCAAUGCAUCUUCAUGGAUUCAAUUUCUAUGUUAUUGGAUAUGGAUUUGGGAAUUUCAACAAACGAUUGGACUACAGAAAUUUCAAUCUCGUUGAUCCUCCCCUCAUGAACACAGUUAUUGUGCCCAAAAAUGGCUGGGCUGCCAUCAGGUUCAGGGCUACCAACCCAGGACUGUGGUUGCUGCAUUGCCAUCUAGAGCGGCAUAUUUCUUGGGGAAUGGAGACUGUCUUCAUCGUGAAGAAUGGGUUAAGGUUCAAUGAAACAUUGCCGCCUCCGCCACCUGACAUGCCACCAUGUUGA